GAAAUUCUUUCGUUACAAACAGGGCGCAGACGAUUUCUCCCUUGCUCCAUUAUUCGUGAACCACACGAGCUUCAAAAGACUUGUCAAUGGCGGACUUCGAUUCCAGGAUAUCUGGGACUAAGGAAUCGGAGUAUGCGGAGAUUGUUGUGAUACGACAUGGCGAAACAGAGUGGAAUGCAUCAAAGAGACUGCAGGGCCAACUGGAUGUUGAAUUAAAUGAUGUUGGGAGACAGCAAGCAGCUGCGGUUGGUCAUCGAUUAUCCAUGGAGCGUAAGAUCUCUGUUGUAUACUCGUCUGACUUGAGGAGGGCCAUUGAUACAGCAGAGAAAAUAGCAAGCAGCUGUGGUGGGGUGGAGGUUAGUAAAGAUCCAGAUCUACGGGAAAGACAUUUGGGAGAUCUUCAAGGUCUUCUACUCCAUGAAGCAGCCAAAAUUUCUCCUAAGGCUUACCGAGCUCUUUUGUCUCGUAGAACUGACCAAGAAAUCCCAGGUGGUGGGGAAAGUUUUGUUCAACUGUAUGACCGCUGCACAUCCGCGCUGGAGAGAAUUGGUAGCAAGCAUAUAGGAGAGCGAGUGGUCAUGGUCACUCAUGGUGGUGUCCUCAGAGCACUUUAUGUGCGGGCUUCACCAACUGAGCAACCUGGAAGUGUACUAAAUGCAUCUGUAAAUAUAUUUCACCUAUCUGAUGGGGAUAUUUGGACCAUAAAGUCGUGGGGUGAUGUUAGUCAUCUAAAUCAAACUGAAUAUCUACAGUCAGGUUUUGGAGGGGACAGAACUUCUGGUUAGUUCAUUCCCUUCCUCUAGUAUUUCAGUAAUUCAACGUAAGCAGCCACACGCUGGAGUUUCGAGGUAAUUGGUUAAGUACCUUCACAUUGUGUUACUGCACUUAAUGCAGUCAACUGUUUGAGCGAAUAGAGCCUUGAAAUAUGUUUAUUCUAUCCAAUUGGCAAAGCAUUACUACUUACUUUGAGUUAAAUAUUUUAUGGUAACAUGUUUCAAAGGUAGGAUCAGGAACUUAACAUAUAUGAUUUUCAGCAUGUCCCUUAUGAUCAGUAUGAUGAUAUUACCAUUUUUCUAUAUGUUCUCCUUUGUUAUAUGGUACUAUGGGGAAUUUAAGUGUCUAUAGUUAAUGCCUUACUUGCAGGUUGAAGGAUGCACCUGACUGGGACUGAUGGGGAUUGGUUGUGGGAAAUUGAGUGGCAUUCAUUAAUUGCAGGCACGUGGAUGGAUUGAUUUUGAGGAUGAGGACAGCUGAAGCAUAAGAUUUGAAACUGAAAAUGUACUCCACAUAGAAUAUGCUAUGCUAACCAUAAGACCGUGAAGGAUGGAUCAUUUGAUCAUUUUCCUUUAUUAACAAGAAAAGUUGUCUUUUUUUUCUUUUUUUUGUAGAAAUUGUUGUCGACUUGCUCAGUUGCUCUCAUUUCCUUUGCCAUUUCAUCCCA